CGCCCUCCCCACCACCACCUCCCCCCCCCCUUUCCCGGCAACGGCCGGGCCGCGGGCGGCGACGAGGCCCUGAGCCCGCCAUCACGGCGGCGGCCAAGGCGCGGGGCGCGCAGGGCGGGGGCAAGGCCCGGGCGGUGGAGAUGGAGAACUCGCAGCUGUGCAAGCUGUUCAUCGGCGGCCUGAACGUGCAGACGAGCGAGUCGGGGCUGCGCGGCCACUUCGAGGCGUUCGGCACGCUGACGGACUGCGUGGUGGUGGUGAACCCGCAGACGAAGCGCUCGCGCUGCUUCGGCUUCGUCACCUACUCCAACGUGGAGGAGGCGGACGCCGCCAUGGCCGCGUCGCCGCACGCCGUGGACGGCAACACGGUGGAGCUGAAGCGCGCCGUGUCGCGCGAGGAUUCGGCGCGGCCCGGCGCGCACGCCAAGGUGAAGAAGCUGUUCGUCGGCGGGCUCAAGGGCGACGUGGCGGAGGGCGACCUGGUGGAGCACUUCUCGCAGUUCGGCGCGGUGGAGAAGGCGGAGAUCAUCGCCGACAAGCAGUCGGGCAAGAAGCGCGGCUUCGGCUUCGUCUACUUCCAGAGCCACGACGCGGCCGACAAGGCGGCGGUGGUCAAGUUCCACCCGAUCCAGGGCCACCGCGUGGAGGUGAAGAAGGCCGUGCCCAAGGAGGACAUCCACGCGGGCGGCGGCGGCGGCGGCGGGGCGCGGGCGGCGCGGGGCGGCCGGGGCCGCGGCCGCGGCGGGGGGCGCGACCAGAACGGGCUGGCCAAGGGCGGCGGCGGCGGCUACAACAGCUACGGCGGCUACGGCGGCGGCGGCUACGGCGCCUACGGCGGCGGCGGCGGCGGCUCGGCCUACGGCGGCAGCGACUACGGCAACGGCUUCGGCGGCUUCGGCUCGUACAGCCAGCACCAGUCGUCGUACGGGCCCAUGAAGAGCGGCGGCGGCGGCGGCAGCUGGGGCGGCCGCAGCAACAGCGGACCUUACCGGGGCGGCUACGGCGGCGGCGGCGGCGGCUACGGCGGCGGCUCGUUCUAGAGGGCGGGGCCACGCCGAGGCGCCGCGCGGCGCGA